AUGUCUAUUGGUUUUGUUUCGAUAGGAAUAUCUAAAAGAUCCCAACUUCCAGGUCUCUUUUUUUGCCCUUCAUUAAUUUUUGUACUAAGUUUGGAAGACUGUCGUUUGCUUGAAUUAAAAGACUGUCGUUUGCUUGAAUUAAAAGACCUUUGUGAACUAAGCCUUUGUUCUUUAGCCGAACAAGUCGUUUCUUCAAUUGUAAUAGUAAUUUGGCAAUUAUUUUCAUUUGUAUUAUCUAGCUUGCAUUUGUCCGCAUAUAUCGUAAUGGAACAUUCGAUAAUGAGUAAUGUUCCUACUAUUAAAGUUGCCGCCGAAUCCAACCACCAAAUAUUCGGUAAAAUUAGAUAUAAUAGACUGCUUAAGAAGAUAACUGCCGUAAUUUCUAAGCAAACCAAUGAAUAUCGAGUUUCGGAUAACACUGUUGAAGAACCGAGUUUUCUAGCAAGAUAUUGUUUGGCUAACCAAAGUAACAGUGUAAUAAAUAAUGAAAUACUGGUGAUUAACAAUCCCGGAAAAGUAGUUUCUGGUCUUUUUGCAAGAAUCAAGGCAACUAUUGCGCAUGAAAGGGAAGUCAUAGCAAGUAAUAUAUGA